AUGGCAGGCCGGCAGCUGGAGAGACGGGCCCCAGAAGACCAGGGCCCCGACGGGCAGUGCUUUGGAGACAACGCCGCCCACGAGACGGCGCAGAGCGCCCCUUGCCCACGUCUCAGAACAACUGCCCAGUUCCGGCGCGCCAGCAGCCUGGCUCUCCGCCGCCCGGAAGUGACGCGCUGCCCCGCUGGCCGUGCGGAAGUGGCGAUGGCGGAGCUGUACGUGAAGCCGGGCAACAAGGAGCGCGGCUGGAACGACCCGCCGCAGUUCUCUUACGGCCUGCAGACCCAGGCGGUGGCCUCCAAGCGCACGCCGCUCACCAAGAGGGUUGCCGCCGCGCAGGAUGGGUCCCCCAGAGUCCCUACCACAGAGACGACUUCUGGGCCGCCCCCAACUGGACCUCCACCUGCUUCAAAUAAGAGCCCCAGGCUUCCACCUGUGGGGAGCUGUCCUGGUUCAAGUGUAGAACCCUUAAGUUUGCCAGUCACCGAGCCCGAGACUCUGCUAGAGAACGUGCUGAGGCCUCUGGAGCAGGCAGUGGAGGAUUGCCGGGGCCAUGUGAGGAAACAGGUAUGUGAUGACAUCAGCCGACGUCUGGCACUGCUACAGGAACAGUGGGCUGGCGGGAAGCUGUCAGUGCCUGUAAAGAAGAGGAUGGCUCUGCUGGUGCGAGAGCUUUCAAGCCACCAGUGGGAUGCGGCAGAUGACAUCCACCGUUCACUCAUGGUCGACCAUGUGACGGAGGUCAGUCAGUGGAUGGUGGGAGUUAAGAGAUUAAUUGCAGAAAAGAAGACUCUGUCUUCAGAGGAGGAAACCACUGAAGAGAAAUCUGAAGCCACGCCUGAAGAGACCCAGACUCCACCAGGCGUCCCUGGAGCUCCAUAAACCUUUGGGUUCCCCAGAUUUGCCUCAGAACCAUCUCCUAUGCCUUGGCCUUCUUUCUUGACUCCCUCUCACCACCAGGGGGACUGUCUGCUCCAUGGCCCCGUGCUUUGACCUACCUCUUGGGGGAAGAGGCCCCACAUGGGCCACAGGGAGGUCACUUCAAUAAAGCACAUGCAUUUCAAUAAAAACAUCUCAAUGGUGGGCCUUGGGUAAGAGCAACAAGCCCUUCCCCUUAUCAAA